UGUCCAAGCCGGCGAUCUCGAUCUCUCUCUCUUUCUCUCCCUUCUCCCGUUGUUUUCCUCCUCUCGAUUACGUCGUGUCGGUAAUUGUAUCAUACACCCUUUGAGUGUUUCCGAUUUCUUCCUUGCGGGCAGUCUCUCUUGCAGGAGGUAAACAAGUCGUGAAGAAUGGUUGGUCGAAGAAAAAUAUCUAUGGGUAUAUCCAAACUUAUUGGGUUGAAGGCUACUGUUUUGCUGUUGGCAUUUUACUUCACCAGAAAACUUGGAGUAAACUUGAUUCCUGUACCCCUUCUAUAUGCCUCCUUGGUUGCAUAUUUAAUUGCCAUUGCAUCUCAUCCAGCAGUGAAUCUUCCCCUGCUUUUAGGAAAGAGCUCUGAUGGGAUCUUUCCACUCUGGUCAAUGAUUAUAUUUGGGCCUUUUUUGUUCUUUAUUCGGUUAUUUGUGCCUUUGAGAAGAUGGAAGAGUCGGGAACCACUGUAUAGUGAAAUUUCUGAAGGUUUGUAUGUUGGAGGUUGGCCUUCUUCCUUGGAACACUUGCCCCCUUGCAGACCUGCAGUGAUUGAUUGCACAUGUGAACUACCACGGAGCUCUGCACUUCCAAAUGCAUAUUUGUGUGUUGCUACUUGGGAUACGAGAGCACCUCAACCAUCACAAAUUGAGUCGGCAGUGCGUUGGGUGUGCAGAAAAAGGACUCAGAAUGUUCCUGUAUACAUCCAUUGUGCUUUUGGUCAUGGUAGAAGUGUUUGCGUGAUGUGUGCCGUUCUUGUCGCACUAGGUCUGGCUGAAGAUUGGAGAAGUGCAGAGAGGAUUAUUCGAGAAAAACGGCCGAGCAUCGAAAUGAAUGAUCUUCACCGCAAAAGCUUGGAAGAAUGGUCAAGACAUCGGCUUCCAUCGAAAAGAGAUGGAGUAUCAGUUGUCAGUUCUGUGAUUCUAUCUGAAAGAAAACACAAGGUGUAGUAUCCGACAACAAUCUAUAUAUCCUUAUUUCAGAAUUUAGGGCUAAAACUGAAAACAGUCAGCUGUAUUCAUAUCUGAAUCUUCGUUCCCCAUCUGUAAACAUUUAAUCAAGCUGCUGAUGUUAAUUUUUACCUUUGAAGGUACGAACCACUAAAUAUGCAGCUGAAAUAGCUGCAAUUUAGAUCUUCA